AUGAUUCCACUUCUCGAGGGCAUCAGCUCGGCUACUGGGGGCAACCAUCAUUCGAGCAACAAUCAUCACGCACACCCAAACAGCGUCGUAGUCCACAACGGCGAAGGUAAUGGAAGUGCAAGUGGGGGUGGCUGGCGUUACCGAUGUAAGUACUGCACUUACACGACGGAAUCGAAGACAGUCUUCAACGUUCAUCAGCGGACGCAUACCGGUGAUCGACCAUACCGGUGCCGCUUCUGCGCAUACGCAGCUAAACAGAAAAGCCAUGUCACCCUGCACGAAAGGCUGCACACAGGCGAGAAACCCUACAGCUGUCCGUACUGCAGCUACCGAUGCUCCGACCCCACGGCGUUACGAUCGCACAAAUUCAGCAAGCACCGGGAGAUGUUCCUCUCGGAAGCCGCUAGCAAGGCAGCCAGAACAGCUAAAUAA